AUGCCUGAUGACGGCUAUUACAAAGGUGGUCGCUUUACAUUUUCAUUCACCAUUGGACCAGAGUAUCCGUAUGUACCACCCAAAGUUAAAUGUACACAAAAGAUCUACCAUCCAAACAUCGAUCUUGAAGGCAACGUUUGUUUGAAUAUUUUGAGAGAAGACUGGAAUCCGGUAUUAUCCAUUACAUCGGUCAUUUUGGGCAUAGUUUUUCUCUUCUCAAACCCAAAUCCAUAUGAUCCUUUGAACAAAGAAGCAGCUGAUGUACUCAAAUCGAAUGCAAGCACAUUCGAAGAUCAUGUGCAAAAAACAAUGGCUGGUGGAACGUUAAAUGGAAUUCACUUCGAUUGUGUGCUCAUUCAAUAA